AUGUCGCUUCCUGAUAGAUCAGUUGAAGCUGGACCAAGUCGAGUCAGACCAUCUACCCCGAAAAGAAGGGUGCAUAUGGUUUCGAGUUCAAAUACACCUCUCACUCCGGCUCAAGAUGAAGAAGGUGAUAAUCCCCGAACAGAUUUGACUUGUUCUUCUUCCGUCAUCAGUGCGGUCCCCGGAGCUGCUAAUGGAGCUGGUCCCAGUCAAGGCGAUGGAGAAGGUGACGAAGAUGGUGAUGAAGAGAGAAUGGAUAUCAAAUUGAUACAAAGUUUCGCAGACAAAAUCCAACAUUUACCUUCAUCAUCAGAUUCAACCGAUCAAACAUCUCGAAGUAAAAUAACAAUACCUAGACGUGGUGAAAAAGAUUUCGAACCAUUAUCUGAAACUGUCAAUUUACAGGAAAUGAUGUUACAGAAAUCUCGUGAAGCUUUGUUUAACGCUUUAGUGGGUGUAAGAGGUGGUCACAGCAAAGCAAUCUCUCACGCAAUCAUGACACCUUCCAAUCCUUUUCCAAGAGUAAAAAUAGUCCAUGGACAUUUGUUCGAUACUAUAGGAAUGUCAGUAAGGACUCCUACCCCUUCUACUUCAACUUCCAAUGGCGAGAAAGGAAAAGGUAAAAGCCAAUUACAAUUAUUACCUGAAGAAGCUUUAUAUUUGUUGGAAAGAGGUACUUUACAAAUUUGGUUAUCUAAUGAUCUCACUGUUGAACAAUUGGAAAACGGUUUUGGUGAAUGGUCAGAGGAAGAGUAUGGUAUUAAAGGUGCUAUUGAAUUAAGUGUAAGAGAUGGAUUUGCUGCUUUCAUAGGUAGAGAAGGAUUAACUUGGGAGAGGUAUCAAGCAUACGCAUAUUUGAAGAGAUUGGGUUAUACAGUAUAUCGAUCAAGACAAUUCAUACCUUCUGAAUUCCUCAUUGACUCAUCAUCUACCAACAUAUCCAAAUCAGAUGUAAAUAUGAAUGAACAAUUUCCUGGUGAAGCCCCAUUCCGAACGUGGUGGUUAAAUAUCCCAGGAUGGAUUAAAACUUUUUUAUCAUACAUUAAAAGAAAUAUUGGAGGUUUAGCUAGGAAAGUUGGUAAUGUUGGUUUAUGGACUGAUGGAAGGUUUAAUGGAACUUUAUUAAAUGAUUGGAAAGGUGAUACGUACCAAUCAAUAUUCAAACAUCUUCGAAUCAUACCUCAAGGACAUUCUCAAUCACUUCCUCUUAGACCUAAACCUGAAGCCACAGAAUUAGCUUAUGAUCCAUUAAAACAUAAUCCAUAUUUACCAUUUUAUCAUAUUUGGAAACCUUCCGCCCCAUUCACUAAAAGAGGUUGGGAUAAAGGUAGUCAUCAAGGUUUGAUUGAUUGUCCUCCGAGUUAUUACGCCGCUGUAGUAGAAUCAAGAAAUACACCUCUACCUACAAUCCAUCAAUUAGAUGAGAUAUUCAAUUCACUACCUGAUGAACCAAAAGGUCCAAUUAAGAAAGUUGGUCCACAAUAUAUUCGACCACCUAGACCACCGAGACCUUCUCAGAACUCCCAAAAUCAACAACAAGGAGGGCAAAACACCUCAUCGAAAUCGACUUCAUAUCUAUAUUCUUUCCUCCAUACAAUCGGAUUAGACAAGUACAUCAGCUCACCCUCGAAGGAUAAGAGACCUGGAUCACAAACUCCUUACGUCAAUAUCCCCGCUAUAAGAAAUGGUGAUAGAGCUUUCAUAGUUGCUGUUAAUGAUAGUGGUAAUACAGGUUGGAUAAGAUUCGGUAGAUCAGGUUUCGCAGAAUUUGCACCAAUCUAA